CUUUACAACUAAAAUCCAGCAGAGCAUCACUCUGUCACACACACAUGAUGGAUACACCAUCACAUGUUCUGCCAGAUAUCCUGUGGAUGGAGGAAAACAUGUGAAGACAUCAGAGACAGAAGAGACUCUCAGUGUUUCAUAUGCUCCUAAAGACACCUCAGCAUCCAUCAGUCCAUCAGGUUUGGUGUCAGCAGGUAGCUGGGUGAAGCUGAACUGCUCCAGCAGAGCCAAGCCUCCCGUCAGCAGCUUCACCUGGUUGAAGAUCAGCACAGAGGCACCCGUUAAUGUGUCUGAGGGACCGGUUCACAGCUUCAGUGCAACGGAUGGAGAAGUUUAUUACUGUGUGGCUGCAAAUAAACUGGGAAACCAGAAGUCCUAAGAAAUCCGUCUUAUUAUUGAAGAGAUGAAGGAGGAAUGUGGGAGUUUCAUGGCGGCCCUGUCUGUGAACGUGGUGACAGUCAACAUGUUACUGAGUGUCUUCUUUCUUUCAGGUGUUUUUGCUGGUUGUGAUGAGAACAGAGUUGGUCUCUUCAUCACUGCACCAAAGCAGAUGGAAGCACUGAGUGGAUCUUGUUUGCAAAUCCCAUGUAGCUUUAGAGAUAAACCAGGAGAAAAGGAUGAAAGAAAAAUGUUUGAUGGCAGCAGAGAAACCUUUGGGGUGUGGAUUAAAAGUGACCCAAAGUAUGGAAAUAAUCAGGAUUAUAUUUUUAACAGCAGUAAGUCAAAAAAUCCCUUUACAAUGAAAAUAAUUGGAAACCUGAGUCAGAAAAACUGCACCACUUUGUUUUAUAAUUUAAACACAAGUCAGUCAGACACAUACUUCUUCAGGAUUGAGAACGAACCGUUCAAGGCAACAGCUGAAUGUGAUCCUCUUAAUAUAACAGUUACAGAUUCUCCUCAGAGACCCAGAAUAGAAAUCUCAGGUGAUGUGAAGGACCUGAAGGAGAAAGAGUCUGUCACUAUAACCUGCUCAGCUUUCACUCCCUGUCCACACUCCCCUCCUGAACUCACCUGGAAUCUCCAACAAGACUCUCACACACAAACAGAGGAAAACACAGAUGGAACCUUUACAACUAAAAUCCAGCAGAACAUCACUCUGUCACACAGACAUGAUGGAUACACCAUCACAUGUUCUGCCAGAUAUCCUGUGGAUGGAGGAAAAUGUGUGAACACAUCAGAGACAGAAGAGACUCUCAGUGUUUCAUAUGCUCCUAAAAACACCUCAGCAUCCAUCAGUCCAUCAGGUUUGGUGUCAGCAGGUAGCUGGGUGAAGCUGAGCUGCUCCAGCAGAGCCAAGCCUCCCGUCAGCAGCUUCACCUGGUUGAAGAUCAGCACAGAGGGACCCGUUAAUGUGUCUGAGGGACCGAUUCACAGCUUCAAUGCAACGGAUGGAGGAGUUUAUUACUGUGUGGCUGCAAAUAAACUGGGAAACCAGACGUCCCAAGAAAUCCGUCUUAUUAUUGAAGCAGAGACGUUUCUGAUAUCAACCCUAGUUUCUGCAAUGAUUGCAGUUUGUCUUCUCAUCUGCCUUCUUUUAAGUGUUUGCCACUUUAAGUACAAACAACCAACUGCAAAACAGACUCAGAGUGGAAAUCAAACACAGGGAGAAAUGUUUUAUGAAGAAUUUAACCACUUCAAACACAGACCUGAACCUUCAUCCACCUCAGUGCAGGACAGCAGUCAGCAGCAGGAGAUUCUGUGUUUACAGGUCAACAUGUCUGAGCCAGAAAAUAGCUCAACACUGAUGGCCGACGUCCCAAAGGAUCACAACAUUCAGAGUCAAACAAAUGACAAGCUGGAUUUUCUAAUGCCAGCCUAUGAAACAAAUGAAGAAUGCCUUAAUGAAUAUAUGAACGUCUUCGAGCGGAGACCUGAACCUUCAUCCACCUCAGUGCAGGACAGCAGUCAGCAGCAGGAGAUUCUGUGUUUACAGGUCAACAUGUCUGAGCCAGAAAAUAACUCAACACUGACGGCCGACGUCCCAAAGGAUCACAACAUUCAGAGUCAAACAAAUGACAAGCUGGAUUUUCUAAUGCCAGCCAAUAAAACAAAUGAAGAAUGCCUUUAUGAAGUUAUGAACGUCUUCGAGCGGAGACCUAAACCUUCAUCUGUCUCAGUGCAGGACAGCAGUCAGCAGCAGGAGAUUCUGUGUUUACAGGUCAACAUGUCUGAGCCAGAAAAUAACUCAACACUGACGGCCGACGUCCCAAAGGAUCACAACAUUCAGGUCAACAUGUCUGAGCCAGAAAAUAGCUCAACACUGACGGCCGACGUCCCAAAGGAUCACAACAUUCAGAGUCAAACAAAUGACAAGCUGGAUUUUCUAAUGCCAGUCAAUAAAACAAAUGAAGAAUGCCUUUAUGAAGUUAUGAACGUCUUCGAGCGGAGACCUGAACCUUCAUCUGUCUCAGUGCAGGACAGCAGUCAGCAGCAGGAGAUUCUGUGUUUACAGGUCAACAUGUCUGAGCCAGAAAAUAGCUCAACACUGACGGCCGACGUCCCAAAGGAUCACAACAUUCAGAGUCAAACAAAUGACAAGCUGGAUUUUCUAAUGCCAGCCAAUAAAACAAAUGAAGAAUGCCUUUAUGAAGUUAUGAACGUCUUCGAGCGGAGACCUGAACCUUCAUCUGUCUCAGUGCAGGACAGCAGUCAGCAGCAGGAGAUUCUGUGUUUACAGGUCAACAUGUCUGAGCCAGAAAAUAGCUCAACACUGACGGCCGACGUCCCAAAGGAUCACAACAUUCAGAGUCAAACAAAUGACAAGCUGGAUUUUCUAAUGCCAGCCUAUAAAACAAAUGAAGAAUGCCUUUAUGAAGUUAUGAACUUCUUCGAGCGGAGACCUGAACCUUCAUCUGUCUCAGUGCAGGACGGCAGACAGCAGCAGCAGGAAGAAAAGAAGAAAGAGUCAAAUCCAGAUAGCAGCUUAACACAGACCACCAAUGAUCCAAACCACCUCUAUGCUUCUGUCAAGAAGCAUAGGGGUCUUGUUUGAUUACAUGUAUUUACUUUUUCUUACACAGGUAAAUGACUUAGUUAGAAAUUUAUUAAUAAUCUGUUGUUUUAACUCUUCCCCGGAAGCUUUAAACCUCCUGUCCCUGCACCUUGCACGGCUUUGUGUUUCAUGAUAUGAUCAUUGUUCAUGCAUGUGUGCUUACUGUCUGUUAGGUUUUGCUUCUAGGUUAGCUUCCUGUUAGAUUUACAUUUUUAAUUUUGUAUUAUUUCCUCCAUCUGUUCUCUGGUUUUUAUUUGAGGCUGUCUUUAAGUUCAGGUUAAGUUUCCUGUGUGUUGGUCUUGCUUCAGCUUUUAUUUAUCAGAGUUUAUCCUAUUCAGUUGUCUUUAUUUCCUGCUCCUGUUAAACCCGGUUCUCAGUUGAUGAUUGCCACACCUGUCCACACACCCACACACACACACACACACACACGCACACACACACACAGGCUUUUUGCUAAACAUAUUUUUCUUCUUUUACAUUCCGUCCUCAAAAGGUCACGGGCACAUGUUUUUUUUUAGAAAAUCUUUGUCCAUGUGAAAACACUCAGACACAAUUGAAAUGCUUUCAGGUUCCAAACCAAAAUGUGGAGAUCUAGCCUCCAUCUAUGAAACCUUAAUGGCCCGUCAGAGGGAGGACAAUGUUUGGGCAAAGCAUGAAAAAUUAACCAGAAAUCAGGUUGCCACAAGACCCUCUUUUCAUGAUUUGACGUCUGUUUAAAUAAAGAUAAAUACUAAAACUACAUGUUCUCACUUAGUGGUAUGUGUAUGUAUAUAGCUUAGAAUUAAAGUGUUUUGUCACUUUAACACACAAACUAUAAGGAAUGUUUUUAUUUUAAAGCUGCAGUUUGUUUAAAUGUCAGUAAAUGGCAUCAUAAACUUAAAUCUGUUUACUUCAGUUGCUGCUGUUUGUUUUGUACAUAUUUAACCUAAGCAAGAAAAGUGCUGCUGUGAACUUUGAGUUAUUUUAUUUAAACCCAUCUAUAUGUGCCUAAGACUAUAAAAUUAUCUACCAGUAAAAAGUGGCUUUUUUUUUUUUUUUUUUUUUUAAUCACUAUCAAAUUCAUCAUUUUUCAGCUUCUUUUGUUGGCGAGUCAUAAAAUAUG